AGUACGCAGCGUCCAAUAAAAAACUCUAUAUAUCAGGUUUAAAAGGAAAAUCUGAGAGGUAAAUGAAGGAAGAAUUGGAGAAGAGUUCCCAAUCAACAAGAUCGUUUUUUAUCUAUGUUUGCUGCGGUCUAGCCUUGGCUGUUGGAUUUAGGUUGGCCCACAAUGUUUAUUCUAUCAAUCUAAUAUUUGAUCCCACCAGCACUCUUCGUUUGAUCUGGGCUAUUGAAUUCCCAGUUGUUAUCCUUCUUUAUAGUUGCUGUAGACAGAAACCGGAGAAAUGCUCGUAUUUAAAAGCUAUUGCCCGAGGUCUGCUGGGAAUUCCUGUUGGGGCUCUACUAAAUGCGCUUGGAGCUUUUGCUUUGGUGGAACCCGUCGGACUGCAGUAAGUGAUCUAGAGUGGAUAAAAUCCACACCUUAGCAUUACCACGAUUGUGAUAAUAUUAUCUAUGGCAGCACAUCGGCCCUGCUUUUCAGUUUUCAUUAUAGUUUAUAGAAGUUAGUUAUUUCAAAAUCAUGCAUUAAUUGUGUUUCUUUCUUGU